AAAUUAGAUGUAACCAGUGGAUGGCAGUGGAGCAAUGGACAGCCGUUACGUUAUCUGAAAUGGCUCAGUGGAUACCCAACCACACAACCUGGCUACAAUUGUGGCGUUCUGAAAAAUGCUUUUGGUUCUGAAUGGUCAAAUGAACCUUGUUCUGAAAAACAUGGAUAUGUCUGCCAAAGAGGCCAUUCUGUUCCUAGUCUUCCACCAGUGGUGAACACUGGGUUUUGCCAUAGCCCAUGGAUUCCAUAUUCAGGCAACUGUUAUCUCCUUCACCGCAACAAGAAAACAUGGCUGGAGGCGCGAGACUCCUGUCUGCGGGAAGGAGGAGACCUACUGAGUAUUAUCAGCAAAGAAGAACAAAGCUUUGUCAUCACACAGCUUGGAUACUUGAAAACAGACGAGCUGUGGAUUGGUUUCAAUGACCGCAAAACUCAGAUGCUGUUUGAGUGGAGUGACCAAUCUAGCGUCCCGUUUGCCUCAUGGGAGGUGAGGGAGCCGAGUCACAGUGCUCUCCAUGCAGAGGACUGCGUGUUAAUGAGAGGAGAGGAGGGAAAGUGGGCUGAUGAUGUUUGUGAAAAAAAGUAUGGAUUCGUCUGUAAGAAGCCAACCAGCUCCAAAGCCUCAAAUAAUGACACAGCUGUCACAAGCCCGGGAUGCAAAACAGGUUGGACCAGGUACGGGUACUACUGCUACAUGGCAGGAUCCGAAACUAAGACCUUUGAAGAAGCAAAACAGAUGUGUCAGAAAGCUGAUUCUGAACUGGUUGAUAUUUCAUCCAGAGUAGAAAAUGCAUUCCUCGUUAGUCUAGUUGGAGCACGACCAGAGAAAUACUUCUGGAUUGGACUGUCGAAUCUAAAGGAUCUGCACAGUUUUGAAUGGACCAACUCUAACAAAGUCCCAUAUACUCAUUUCAACGCUGGGAUGCCAGGAAGAAAACAAGGCUGUGUUGCCAUGACGACUGGACUGGUUGCUGGGCUUUGGGAUGUGCUCAGCUGCUCAAAUAAAGAAAAAUACAUCUGUAAGCAACGAGCUGAUGGACUAGUUACGACUCUAGCCCCAUCAACCGCAUCUCCUUUAGGCUGUCCCGAAGACUGGACGUCACUUGUGUCUAGAGACUUUUGUGCCAAGUAUUUUAAUGUACCUAUGAACCAAAUGAAGACUUGGGAUGAAGCUCUUGACUUCUGCCAUGAAAUUGGCGGUGAUCUCCUGAGCAUCCAUCAUGAGGCUGAUAUUCCUUGGAAACAAGGAGGAGUGUAUCCAGCAUGGAUUGGUUACAGAAUGUACGAUCCCACUGUAGGUUUUGUUUGGAGUGAUGAUUCUUCGUCAUCCUAUCAAAGCUGGGCUACUGAUGAACCAAACAAUUUGAACAACAUUGAAAAUUGUGUUGAAAUGCGAAUUUCAUAUUGGGACAGUGAUGGAGCAUGGAAUGACGUCAACUGUGAAGACAAAAAGGACUGGUACUGUCAGAUCCGAAAAGGAAAGACACCAAAGGAAGUAAAUAUUACAGAUCCAUAUUAUAAUAAAACAGAGGAUGGCUGGAUUCAGUUCAAAGGUAGCCAGUACUAUGUGUCUCACUACUCAGCACUUGCUGUGCAAGAUGCUCGGGCUUUCUGUAAGAAAUCACAUGGAGAUCUUGUAGUUAUCAGUGAUCAGGAUGAGCGGGUGUUCCUUUGGCAUCAGGCUAAAAAUUCGCACAACGAUUUAAUCAUUGGUUUGACAGUUGAUCUGGAUGGGACUUACCAGUGGAUAGAUGGGUCCCCCAUAGUGUUUCAAGCUUGGGAAACAAAUCAGCCUGCUUUUAAAAACAGUGAGGAAAGAUGUGUGAAGAUGACCACAUCUCAAGGACUCUGGGAAACUAUUAACUGUGGUGAUGAAUAUAAUUUCGCUUGUAAGCGAAGUCAGUCUCCUCCAGUGAAUACCACGGUGGCCCCUACACAAGAGCCAAAAGGAGGCUGUGCUCCUGAGUGGAAAAACUUUGCAGGAAAAUGCUACAACAUAAAGGAAGAUGCAAAAACAUGGACAGAAGCAAGAAAAUACUGCAGAGAGCUUGGUGGAGAUCUGGCGUCUAUUAUAAAUCGACAACAACAAGCCUUUUUAAGCACACUGAUUAGAGAUAAAACCCCAGACUUCUGGAUUGGAUUCAGCAGUUUGGCAAACGGGAGGUUUAAGUGGACAGAUGGAAGUAGGGUACUGUUCACCGAGUGGGCCAAAGGAGAACCUCAAACCUAUUGGCGUUCGUACUGUUGGACAAAUGAUCACUAUUCAUCUGAACAGGAGUGUGUUUUUAUGGGCAAACCUUCAAGCUCAGACUUUGGCAAGUGGGUGACAAGCGACUGUAAUUCUACUCAAGGUUUUAUCUGCAGUCGUGAUGUUGAUCCUGCUAUUGCCUCAGUGCCAACUGAAGUUCCUAGAACCUUUGUCAAGCUCGGAAAUUCAUCUUUCAAAGUGAUUCAAGAGAACCUAACGUGGAGUGAAGCAAAGGGCCGCUGUGAGAAAGAGGGAGCUCAUCUGGCCAGCAUUCGCGAUUUCAUUUCACAAGCUUACCUUGAGUUGCAGAUCUAUAGGGCCAAACAGCCCUUGUGGAUCGGUCUCAGCAGUGCACAGACAAAUGGAUAUUUUCUAUGGGCAAAUAACUGGCCAAUGAGUAUGGAGAAAUGGGCAUCUUCUGAACCACGGCCCAACCGCCCUUGCGCAUACAUGGACAUAGGUGGAGAAUGGAAAACAAUUUGCAAUGAAACCUACUACAGUGUCUGUGAGCAAACAACAGAUGUUCCCCCGAUCAUUCCAGCACAGCACCCUGGGCACUGCCCAAAAGAAGAGGAUGACAGUCCAUUGAGGUGGAUACCUUUCAAAGACAGCUGCUAUGCUUUUGUAACAGACAUGAAAUCCUGGAGCAGAGCAGCUAGACUCUGUAUGACAUGGGGGGCAUCUCUUGUCAGCAUUAGGGAUGAAGAUGAACAGAAGUUUAUAGAGAGAAUCCUCAUGGUCCUCGACAGUUCCAAAGAUUUUUGGAUUGCACUUUUCCACAACCAGAAAGGACACUGGUUAUGGUCAGACAAUACUGUGGUAGAUUACACCAACUGGGCAGAUGAGAACGAUUAUGAAGAUGAAUAUCGAGGCUAUUCUUGGAAUCCUGACUGCGGAUUAAUAGAUUCCAAAUCUAAAAAAUGGAAAAAGCAACAUUGUGAUUACUCUCACUUUUCAUUUAUCUGCAAAACUGCCAAAGUAAUAAGUCCAACCAUUAAGGCCCCACAAGAAGGUCCUGAACCUCACAAGAUCAAUACGGGUUUGGCUGUGUUCUUGAGUAUUGCAGUGAUCGGCAUAUUGGGAGCUUUAGCUUUCAUGUACUACAGAAAUUCAAAAAGACCGUUAUUUGAAAAUCUCAUGGAUAAUAACAGAGAUGCUGCCUUUUCAGUUAAAGAUAACAAAACAUUAAUUGGCAACAUUGAGAUCACUGAAUAGAACUGUUUUAUAACGUCCCACUACUAGCAAACUUAAAGUCAUGUAACAGAAGUUAGAGCUGACUUAUGUCUUGUGAUAUAUUUCAGAGUGAAACAGGUUUUAGAAUGUGAUCAAUUAUAGGGCGGGACUUGACUUUAUUCAUUGAUAUAGUAAAUGUAUAAUAUCAAGGGUGGGGGUAAAGGAGUAGGUAUCUUGGUGAAUGGGACCUUAAGAGCAGAAAAUGCACCUCUUUUAUUUCUGAUUGUGGCUGUGUGUGUUUUGGGUUUUUAUAUGACUUUUUUUUUUCUUGAAUGAAAAUGAGGCUGUGAGGGAUAAACCUAGUCUUUACAAUGGUACACACUGUGUAUAAAACCCUACAUAUACUUUAUUUUUGAAUGCAUUUAUAGUUACAUUAAUUACAAUAAAUUACAUUAUAUAAAUAAAAUUUGAUGAUGUGCCAUUGAUUUAUUAGAAAACCAUGCACACCCAAGGUGGUUUUGGACCCAUUAAAACUAUUGCUGCAAAGAUGUUAGAAAAAUAAUUUUUCUUUGAAGCUAGAAACUGCCACCAUGUUUUAAAAAUAAUAAUAAUUUUAAUACAGCAAAAAAUAAUCAACUAAUGUACGUAAAACAUUCUCAAGCUUACUGAAGACAAGUAAACACUCCAAGUAGGCCUAUUACUUACAAACAAAAGGAUAAAGAAAUAUAUUAUUCAAAAAUACAAAUGAAAAAAAAAAUAGAAUCUUUUUUAAAAUAAUAAAUGUUAAAAUAAAACACUGCAAAAUGUACACAUUGAAGACGAUUCUUAUUAAAGUGAAUAAGUGAUUCAGUCAAGAAAAGUGAGUUAUUCUUUCUCUUUUGUUGUUUGAUUAAUAUUUAUGACGCGGUCGGCGGCUGCAGAUUUACGCUGCUGUCGCUUUAUAAUCUGACGCACAGAUCAAAUAUUUUGGCGCAUCAGUAUUUCUCCCAACUGUUCAGGUUUACUUAAGACGAAACCGACUUCAUUUACAUGAAUGGUCUCUAAGACGAGCAUACGGGUAGCAACAACAGACCCUAUUAGAAGCGAAAGAGAACCCGGUAUUCGCUCACUGAAUGAGAGGCGCGUUCUGUGAGCGCGCUUUGAGUGUGCGCGCACAUAAACCCGUCGGCUUUCAAGUAGCCUAUUGGACAAGACUUGAAAACACAUGCAAAUACUAAAUAUCACUUUUGUGAUAAUGCAUCCAGUCAGUGACAUUUCCGUCAACUUUCUCUGGACUCGGAUGGCCUCGGCAUAUUUUCAGAGUCCGAAAGGCUCGAGUCCGAGUCAAGUCCGAGUAAAAAUGCAUUCGAGUCCGAGUCGCCUAAAGAUUGUACUCGAGUCCGAGUACCCCAACUCUAUAGGCGUGUGUAUGUUUAGCUUACAUCGAUAGACGCUGCUGUGAUUUAGAUUAAAAAUGCAUAAAUACUCUGUACAUUUCAAACGAUCUGUAAUAACAGACAAAGCCAUAGUGACCACGUAAUAAAAAAUAGGUACUCACACUUGUGUCUUUGCCACAUUCAGAUCCAAUAUAUUGGGCACAGCAUCGUCUUUGAGUUUCAGUGUCUCUGAAAAUUCCACGUCGAAUUGUGCCUUGUUUGUAAACGAAUCCGUGGUAAAAUUAAGUAAACAAAGGACCAAGUUCUUACUGAAGCGGUCUGGAUCUUCAUUAAAAAUAAAGUUCAUCCAAUUUCGUUUUUGCAGACUGGCUUCAAUGUAAGCAGUUUUUAGACUAACUAGAAAGUUUUGAAGUCUGAAGUAUUUUAAAAGUAUUUUUCAUUAUUGAUGUUAACUAAAGUAGUUAACUAAUGUUAACAAAUGGAACCUUACUUUAAAGUGUUACCACAAUACUCAAUGAAGUGAAUGCACAAUGAGAGCCACAUUUGGGAAUCAACGCACGGAAACAACAAAUGGUAAAUCUGACGUGUGCAUUAUUUGUUUAGGA